UGCUACACUCCACUGCUACACUCACUUCUCCAUAAACUACUCAUCUUCAUCAUUGCAGAGAAACAGAGGAACAACAAUGAGCUCAUGGAGCUUCUUCCUACUUCUAUUCCUUCUCCAACUUCCCCAUCUCUUCUCCAAACAGUCUCUUCCUCUUCUUCUUCACCCAUUGAUCAUAAUCCCAGGGCAAGGAGGAAACCAACUUGAAGCCAGGCUGAACAAUAAGCAAUACAAGCCAUUGAAACAAGAGUGUGGAGGAGCUAUGAGUGAAGAUGGAAACUGGUUCAGGCUCUGGAAGGACUGUUCCAUCCUUGAGAACCCUCUCACUCUUCCCUGUUUUGCUGAUCAAAUGCAGCUUCACUAUGACCCUCUUCUUGAUGACUAUAGUAACACUCCUGGAGUUGAGACCAGAGUCCCCCUCUUUGGCUCCACUCAUGGCUUCCUCUACAAAGACCCUGAUCUCUUGAAUCAAUCUUCAUAUAUGUCAAUUCUAAUAAAUCGACUGAAGCAAAUAGGAUACGAAGAAGGCGAAAACAUGUUUGGUGCACCAUAUGACUUCCGAUAUGGCCUCGCCGGAGCUGGCCAUCCAUCCAAAGUAGGUUCUGAGUUCCUCCAAAGCCUGAAAGAACUAAUUGAGAAUGCUAGCAAAUUAAACAACAACAAUCCAGUGAUUCUCCUCACUCACAGCCUCGGUGGUCUCUUCGCACUCCAACUACUCCACCGCAACUCUCCGUCUUGGUCUCGCACUUUCAUCAAACACUUUAUCGCACUCUCAGCACCUUGGGGUGGCACAGUUCUUGAAAUGCUCAUCUUUGCUUCAGGGGACUCAAUGGGUUAUUCAAACAUCAAUCCACUGAUGCUAAGAAAAGAAAUGUGGAGCCUUGAAACCAAUCUAUGGCUCUUGCCUAACCCAAGAACUUUUAAAGACAAGCCAAUUGUUGUGUCCAAAACUAAUGUGAAAAAUUUUUCUGCAGCAGAAAUGUCUGAGUUUCUGAAUUACAUUGGAUGCAGUCAUUGUGUUCAUCCUUAUGAAUCGAGGAUAAUGCCGAUGAUUGAAAGGCUCGAACCGCCUGCCGGAGUACCGAUGACUGUAAUGACCGGGCACGGGAUCAAAACUGCUGAGACUCUGAUUUAUGGUGAUGGAGAUUUUGAUGUGCAACCUGAGAUUGUUUAUGGAGAUGGUGAUGGGCUUGUGAAUUUGAUUAGUCUUUUGGCACCAGAGAAUGAGUGGAAUGGUUUGAAGGAAUUGGAGUUGUUGAAGGUGAUUAAACUUCCAAAUGUAUCACAUGAAGGCAUUCUUAAAGAUGAUGCAGCUCUUACAGAAGUUUUGAGAGAAAUUCAUCAAGUUAACUCUUUUGUUGUUAGUAGUUCUUCUGCAUAAUUGAUGGAGUUUCUGAUGUUGUUGAUUUCCUGAAUUAUUGGCAAAUGUUUA